AUGCCGUCAGCUCCGCCAAAUGCAUAUGCACCGGGCGCCAACUUAACCGUCGGAUCGCAUAAUGUUUCUAUCAUCAAGUACAUUUCUUCCGGGGGCUUUGCCCAUGUCUACACUUGCAAUAUUGAUCCUCCAUUCAGAGGAUCUCCAGUUGCUUGUCUCAAACGAGUUCAAGUCCCCAGCAAAUGGCAAUUGAACUUGUUGCGCCAAGAAGUUGAUGCCAUGAAGCGCUUGAGAGGUAAUCCUACCAUUGUGUCAUAUAUUGAUUCUCAUGCCUCCCGAUUGAAUAACCAGGGCCAUUCUACCAUCGAUGCUCCAGGCUCUAGCCAACAAUAUGAAGUGUUUCUUUUGAUGGAAUACUGUUCCAACAACGGCUUAAUCGACUUUAUGAACACUAGGUUGACCAACAAACUUACUGAACCUGAGAUCUUGGUGAUUAUGAGAGACAUUACCUUGGCCGUAGCCAUGUGUCACCACUUACAGCCUCCGUUGAUACACAGGGACAUCAAGAUCGAAAAUGUCUUAUUGGAUGAAAAAGGAACCUACAAGUUAUGUGAUUUUGGGUCUGCUGUGCCUUAUGCUCCGGUCCCUAAAACCAGUCAGGAGUUGCAACUUUUGAAGGAUGAUAUCAUGCAGCAUACCACUCCUCAAUACCGGGCUCCCGAGAUGAUAGAGUUGACCAGAGGCUUCCCCAUUGAUGAUAAACUGGAUAUUUGGGCAUUAGGCUGUUUCCUCUAUAAGUUAUGCUACUACACCACUCCUUUCGAGCUGCAAUCCCACGCUUCUUUACAGGAUUUGGAGAACCUGAUUGUCAACAGUUCACAUACGUUGCACAUUCCUCACAACCGGCCCGGGUCGACGUUCUCGCCCCGUUUGCGGAAUAUCAUCAAGUGCUGUCUUCGUGAAGAUCCCCGAAGAAGACCCAAUGCCGUUCAGCUCUUGGAUGAAGUGUGUGUUAUGAUGAAUAUUCCGGCUCCUAAGGUCGUUCCUGCUUCUGUCAUCGAAAGACCUAGUACUCCUGCCGCUCCUAUGCAACCUCUGAACGGGCUGGUCCACAGCAAGAGCUCAUCAGAUUUGAAUAGCAUCAACAGGCCCCCUCCAUUUGAAGGCCGCAAACCCCAAACCGCCAAAACUGAUCCUUUUGCUCUGAUAGACAAGUCUAAGUUGCUUCAAACGACGCGUCAGCACCCACAGCAGCGACCCAAGUCAUUGUAUGCUGCUCCCAGACCAACCUCGAUUUAUGGUGGCAGAGAUAUACUGCCUAUCGGAACAUCGGCAAAUACCCACCAGUCUUCGAAUACAUUGAAGAACUACAUCCAACGGCAACUCAGCAAGAGCAAUGAGAGCAUCAUCACUCCUCCCGACGAAGAUGACAACACUCUCAACUUCUUGAGAGAUAUGGAAGACAUUUCCAGUCAGAAUACUGGAGGGAGUUUCAAGGCGUCGUUCAAGAAUGGGUUAAGAAAAAUCAGUACUGGAAACAGUAGUUCUGGUGUUAGAAGUUCGAACAAUACUGGGAACAAUUAUAUUCUGAAUCAUAGAAGAUCCAGUAUCUCGUCCAUAAAACAAAUUCUCACAGGUGGGGGAUCUAGGAAGGCCAGCAACCACGAAGAGAGUGAGUUUAAGAGAGAUACAGAACAAACAAUCACUUCUUCUUCGUUCACAUCUUCUGCUCCCAAGAAGUUAUCCAUUCAGAGAAGAAUGGUUCAGUACUUGAACAAUAAUAAUGAUCAGACAGUUAAAAGAACUGCACACGGUUAUGGAAGAUAUACUGCCGAAGAAAGUGACACCGACGAUUUAGAGGCCAUAAACGACGGCUCCUACAAGUCAAGGAUAUCUUUAAACCCUCCUCAAGUCCCCACCAGUUUAUCUUCCCAAAGAGCCAAGUCUGCCACACCGCCUCAUCCUUCGCUGCUGCCCGCUGCUGUUCUUGCGAAACCCAAAUAUAAGCAUUCGUCUACGAACACAUCUGAAAAGGCUCUACCUUCCAUAACUCCCUCCAAAAUGAGAAAUCUGCUUAAGAAACCACCUCCAAAACCUACCAAACCAGUUUACUUACGUACCGCUGAAGGUGAUAGCUCGAGUCGGAGACUCAGUAGCUCGAGCGAGAUCUCCAUACCCGACUUGGACGACUUGGAAAAACAAUUUGCCAAACGAUUCCCCAGCUAUGUAUAA